UUAGAUAUUUUUUUUUUUUUACACAUUCUUUCUCCUGAAAACGAUCAUCGUCGUUCUCCAUGGAUUUUUCUUCGUUUUGAAACUUCCAACAAAACCCGCGAAGUUUAUCAGAACAGAACAGAACAGUUUUUGAAUUCCAGGUUGGAGAACAACUGAGCCUUUGAAAUGGAUUUUAAUGAUGCUCAUGUACCUAGUGUUUCUGCUGAUCAUGGCUAUACUCUUGACCAAGAGACAGAUAUGGGUAAGGUUGACUUUGCUGACAGAAUUUUGGUGAAUGGGGAGUUAAAGAAUGCUGGGGAGUUUUUAACACAGCUAGAGCUUGAUUUAGCAUGCACUUCUGAGAAGAUAGUCAACACAAAUGUUCUAAUGAUGCAUGUGGCAACAAGGGAAAAUGACUUUGAAGCUUUUGCUGCGGAGAAAGAGCAUUCAUCAGAUGAUUCUUUAGAGAAAGCUUUGGAAUUUGAUUUCUUAUCUGGAGUUUUGGAAUCAGAGGUGAGCGAAUUGGAUGGAUUCAUGGCUGUACUUCAAUCGGGAGUUUUCAAUGCUCGAGCGUUACUAUCUUCAUGUUCAAAUGCGGGAGAAACUUUUAAAGAAUUAGAAGAAAAGUUACACGAUUGUGAACAAUCUUUUAAGCAGUCAUUAGACCAGUUUUCUGAAAUUCAGACACACUCGAUGUACUUGCAGAGAGCUUUAUCAUGUUUCGAUCGACAAGAGAAUGGGAAUGGCCACAAAAUUUUAGAGGAGGAUCAGAUUUUUAAUGCAAAUGCAGAAAUAAAAAUGCAAACUGCUGAACAACAAAGACAUAUUUUGAGGAUGCUGGAGAAAUCUUUGGCAAGAGAAAUGGAUCUUGAAAAGAAAAUGACAGAAUUAAGACAAGUUGAAGAAGAGCUAAAUCAAAGGCUGGUCUCCUCAGAACAAGAAGUAUAUUGCAUGGGAGAUGAAACAGAAGAUGUUUGGGAAAGAUUGUUUGAGGCGGAUAAUAUGGCUGUGGUUUCAAUGGGAAUUUUAAAAGAGCUGUUGGGUCGAUUGCAGAUACUCCAACUCAGUUUGAACAGUUCAGCUCAACAAGAGACUCAGCUAAGAUCAAAGCUUGAAGGUUCCGAGGAAGAGCUGAAGGCUAAAGAAAAUUCUUUGAGCAAGCUGGAAAGCAGCAAUGCAAAAUUUAAUGACUUGCUUGUUGCACAGACAAAUGAACUAAAAUCCAACUUGAGAGACGCUGAAGAUAAAUUAAUUCUUGCCAAUUCAGAAGCCUUUACUUUAGGUGAAAAGGUCAGCUUGCUUGAGAAAGAGCUGAAGGAAUCUGAGUUUCUGCUGCUGAAUGCCAAGUCUUCUGCAGAUGGUAGUCGGGAAGAGCUUAAUGCUCUAUGUUGCAGAAUCAAUGAAAUGGGAAAUGUUAUUGCAGAUUCUGAAGAGAGGAUAUCUAAAGCAGAAAGUAGGGCUGAAAAUGCUGAAACCAAGUGUAAAUUAUUAACAGAGACCAAUAUGGAGCUUAAUGAAGAGCUGGGCCUUCUUAAGAGUGGUGCCGGUGCCUCUGACAAGGUUGAUUCCCUUGAGAGGCAGUUAAGAGAGUCUGAUCUUCAGCUACAAUGUGCCAUCGCAUCUGCCGAAGCUAGUCAGGAGAAGCAAAACCUACUGUAUUCUACAAUAGCUGAUAUGGAGAAUUUGAUUGAGGAUCUUAAGCUGAAGGUUUUAAAAUUUGAAAAUCGGGCUGAUAGUGCAGAGGAUAAGUGCAUCAUAUUGUCUGAAUCCCAUGCAGAGCUAAAUGAGGAAUUGAACUUUCUGAGGGGACGAUUGGAAAGCUUGGAAGCGGUUUUACAACAGACUGAUGAAACAAAGAUGACUGCUGCAGAGGGCAUCAGUUUCCAGACCAAAGUCAUUACAAAUUUGGUUAUGCAACUGGCUUUUGAACGAGAACACCUUCAUAAACAGAUUUCUUCGUUGGCAACUGAAAAUAAAAUUUUGGGGAUGAAGUUACAAGAAAGCAACGAGCAUGUGGUUAUGAGGCAUGAUUAUAGAGGACAUGAUAAAGAAUUUAUGCGGCCAAAGGAUGAUUUGAGCACUGCUACUGGCUCAGAAGUUAAGGAAGAAGAUACUGUGGUGUCUACUAUCAGUUCUAAGGUGGAGAAGACUCAAAAAAGUGUCUUUUCGGGUGAGAAUGAAGUAGAUGCUGUGCCAGGACCAGAGACAGUGCGGAGAAUAGAUGCAGGAAUCUUAAACUUUAAGCAAGUUUUCUUAGCAAUGCUUGUUAUGCUGAUAUCGGCAACUGCUUUUUAUAGUUUUCAACUACAAAAAUGCCAGUUGUGAUCGCGCUGCCAAAAUUUUGAAGUAAGUUAUUAUGCGGGACAUUCAAAUGUCGAAUGACGAAGAACACUUAGAUCUAUCAUGAAAUAUGUAGCUGAGUUAACAAUGCUAACCCUCAAGGAAGACUCCUUUUGCUAAAGAAAAUAAAGUUACCUAAUCUCUUGUGGAAUUGAUUA